AUGCUAACAAUUGGCACUUUAUUUUUAACACUGUCAAAUACCCUAUUCCGGAAUUUCCGGCUAUCUGGCAAACCUAGCUGGCACCCUUUAUGUUGUUCUUUCGCUUUCAAUCCACAACUCGGUUUGGUGGGUGUCCUGGACGCGGACAUAUGUGGUCCGAGCCAGCCGCGCGUGCUGGGCGUGGGCGGCGAGCGGGUGCACCACUCCGGCUCCGGAUGGUCCCCCGUGUAUGUGAGCGACAACUUGUGUUUGAUGUCCAUCGGCUUUUUGCUGGGCAGUCCCGACGAUGCGGUGAUAUGGAGGGGUCCUAAGAAAAACGGAAUGAUCAAGCAGUUUUUGAGUGAAGUGGACUGGGGAGAUUUGGACUACUUAUUGAUCGAUACGCCACCUGGCACUUCCGACGAGCACCUGAGCGUGGUGCAGUACUUGUGUGGCGCGGGCCUCACCGGCGCCGUGCUGGUGUCCACGCCGCAGGAGACCGCGCUCCUAGACGUGCGCAAGGAGAUCUCCUUCUGUCGCAAGCUCAAGGUGCCGCUCAUAGGCGUGCUGGAGAAUAUGGCUGGAUUCCUGUGCCCGCAUUGUAAGACCCGGAGCGACAUCUUCCCGGCCACCACGGGCGGUGUCACCGCCAUGUGUACGGAAAUGGACGUCCCGUACCUGGGCUCGCUACUACUGCAGCCCGCUCUAGCACGCGCCGCCGACGACCCAACCCUACCCGCGCGGGACACUACCAACGCCGCGCUAGAUAUACGAGCAAAAAUCAUGGCAUUCUGCGAAAGGAACUCGAGUUGA